AUUGAAUCAGUACGGCUCAAUUUGCAAAUUACUGUCCCCUCAGAAAAAUUAUUGACUUUUGACAACUGGGUUUUCUCAGACGUUGGGAACCUAAAUUUAACAAUAAAACAAAGAAACAGAUUUGAAUUUCCAAUUCCUUUCCUCUUCUUCUCACCGACAUUGCCUACUAUUUCAUCCAAACACAGAGCCAGAUCCAAAGCCAGUCAAGAAAGCUCAAAGCCAAAGAUUCGAAGUCUUAAAAGCAAACUUAGCGACUAAGGACAACCCCCACAACUUUUCAUAAUCUCCAUCUCUUUGGUUUCUUCUUCCAUUUUCUCAUUUCCCAUUGACCCCUUUUCUCUAAAAUGAGUGAAAAUAGUUUCUUAUAUUCACUCACUUCCUUGUUCUUGGUUUUGAGCUUCAGCUGCAUCUAUGGUGAAGACCCAUAUAGGUUUUUUACUUGGAAUAUCACAUAUGGAGACAUUUGGCCUCUUGGAGUAAAGCAACAGGGUAUUUUGAUUAAUGGGCAAUUUCCAGGGCCACAAAUUGAGGCAGUUACGAACGAGAAUUUGAUCAUCAAUGUGUUUAAUAGUUUGGAUGAGCCUUUCCUGAUCUCCUGGAAUGGGAUUCAACAAAGAAGGAACUCUUGGCAGGAUGGAGUUUAUGGCACAAAUUGCCCCAUCCCACCAGGACAGAAUUUCACUUAUGUCUUGCAAGUUAAAGAUCAGAUCGGUAGCUACUUUUACUUCCCCUCUUUGGCCUUGCACAAGGCCGCUGGUGGCUUCGGUGGCUUCAAAAUUCAAAGCCGCUCUAUAAUUCCUAUACCCUUUCCUACUCCUGCCGGAGAAUUUACUGUUCUUGCUGGUGAUUGGUACUCUAAAAACCACACUGAUUUGAGAGCCAUUUUAGAUGGUGGUAGUGAUCUUCCUUCCCCUGAUGGGCUUCUCAUCAAUGGUCGUGGUUUAAAUGGGAACACAUUUACUGUUGAACAAGGCAAGACUUACAGGUUACGGAUAUCAAAUGUGGGGCUUACAACUGCUAUUAAUUUCAGAAUACAAGGCCACAAAAUGCUUCUGGUUGAGGUUGAAGGAACUCAUACCCUUCAGAAUACUUAUGAAUCCAUUGAUGUUCAUCUGGGGCAAUCCUACUCUGUCUUGGUCACUGCUGAUCAGCCACCACAAGAUUACUACAUUGUUGUCUCUACACGUUUUACCUCCCAAAUUCUCACAACCACCUCCAUUCUUCAUUACAGCAACUCAGCAGCUAGUGUAUCUGGUCCUCCUCCUGGUGGACCGACAAUUCAAAUUGAUUGGUCACUUGAACAAGCUCGAUCUCUCAGGCGUAAUCUGACUGCAAACGGCCCGAGACCAAAUCCUCAAGGUUCUUACCAUUAUGGAUUAAUCAAUGUUACCCAUACAAUAAGGCUUCAAAGCACUGCUCCAAUCAUUAAUGGCAAGCAGAGAUAUGCUGUCAAUAGUGUGUCUUUUAUUCCAGCUGAUACUCCUCUCAAACUUGCUGACUAUUUCAAGAUCUCUGGUGUUUUCUCUCUUGGAAGUAUCCCUGAUUACCCCACCGGUAGUGGUGCUUACCUUCAAACUUCUGUCAUGGCUGCUGACUUUAGAGGCUAUGCUGAAGUUGUAUUUGAGAAUCCUGAAGAUGUUGUACAGUCAUGGCACGUUGAUGGACACAAUUUCUUCGUCGUGGGGAUGGAUGGAGGACAAUGGACACCUGCCAACAGAUUGACUUACAAUUUAAGAGACACGAUCUCUCGAUGUACUGUUCAGGUGUAUCCAAAGUCCUGGACUGCAGUUUACAUGCCUUUAGACAAUGUGGGGAUGUGGAACAUAAGGUCUGAGAAUUGGGCUCGCCAGUACUUGGGUCAACAACUAUAUCUUCGUGUGUAUUCACCCGUGAAUUCAUGGCGAGACGAAUAUCCAAUCCCAAGCAAUGCUCUUAAAUGUGGUCGAGCAAUUGGUCUCAACCCUCCGUCUCUAUAAAGCAAGAACAGUUCAGAUCAGAAAUCAAUUUCAUCAAAGGUUUUCUGUAAAACCUGUAGUGUUUUGGUUCAACUCGAGCCCUUGGUCUAUUUCUAGCUUGAUUUGUUCUGUCUGAGUCUCUGUUUCAACAUUUUUUUUUUGUUGGUUCGCCAUUGUCUUGCUUGAAUUCUUGUUAGUUUCUUAGUUUUUAGUUAUCAAUCUUUUAGAGACAUUAUACAAUGUUGUAAUACCAAAAACGUUUUGGAAAAUUCAAAGAAAUGAGACAUGCGAUAUUGUGAAUGGAUGCA